AUGAAACUGUUGCACACAAUCGAGACGGCGCCUAAUCCCAAUGCAGUGUGCUCAUUAUCGGCAUCAUCAGAGAACUGCUACAUGGUAUACCCCUCGGCUGCUCCAGUUAGCAGUGGCCUGAGUAUUGGAUCCGGUGUAGGUGGGGCUGGUAUCGGUAUUACAGGAAAUGGUGGUGCUGGUGGUGCCGGUGGUGCGACCGCAGUCACAUCGCCUAAUCGCACGGGUGAAUUAAAGAUAUUCGACUGUAUCUCGCUCCAACCAGUAAAUGUAAUUGAAGCUCAUAAGGGUCCAUUAUCGGUAGUCACGCUCAAUAAUGACGGUACAUUGCUUGCAACAGCGUCGGAUAAAGGAACUAUUAUCCGGAUUUUCGCGGUUCCUAGUGGCCAGAAACUAUACCAGUUUCGACGAGGUACCUAUCCAUCCAAGAUCUUCUCUAUCAACUUUAAUCUCAACUCGACGUUACUGUGUGUGAGCAGUGCCACAGAAACUGUUCAUAUAUUCAAACUAUCGACCAAAAGCGGUGCAAAAGUAUUAGCUCAAGGGAGCAACCCGCAACCUGGGCUGCCAACAGGGUACUCUAACAACUCAGCUGAUGGGACUACAUCUGUCUCAGAGGGUUCUAACGCAAAUUCCACAUCCAGUUCGGCAUCAGUUGAUGGGCCUGGCGAUAGCAGUAUUACAAGAGAAGAUGACGACAGCGAUGGUGAUCUAGGAACUGGUGGUGUUAGUGGAGACGGGCUUUCCAGUGAGCCAGUUGGGCCCGUGAGAUCAGAAUCACAGGGACGAUUUUCUGGAACCGCUGCCAUGGGAUUUAUACGUAAACAAUCCAUCAGCAAGCACGUCGCAGGGUACCUACCCAACGCAGUAUCGAACAUCCUGGAACCAAAAACCCGCGAUUUCGCCUACUUCAAACUGCCAGCACCUCCUGGAGUCAAGUCGGUCGUCGCAUUCAGCAACUCAUCAACCCACGCACUCGUGGUGACCUCGGAAGGCUACUUCUACCAGUACGCCAUCGACCUCGAUAACGGUGGCGAGUGCGAGCUCGUCAAGCAAUUCUCGCUCCUCGACUCCGAGGAAUACUAA